AAAACUUCCACAGUUCUUUUGCACAUGGAAUGUAGAAUGGGUUUUCACAUUCCAAGGCCGGUGCUUUUGCGCGUCCGCUCUCGCGGACAUACAGGAAGAAACGGAACAUUGGGCGAUGAAUGGUAAGUAUUUAUCGCGACAGCAAUCCAGUCAGAUAAUUGAGAGUUACAUACGACCUGAAUGUCGAUGAAGUUGCGCGUGCCGUACGCGCGGAAAACUCGUCCGUUCUAGGUUGCUUGCCGUGAAGGGAUGGUAGCCUAGAGUCAGAUGUGGAGACCGCGCACACUUCCUAGUACCAGGAAGGUUGACUUGUAUCAUGACCGUAACAGUCGCCACACGCACAAGGAGACGCAAGGAUCUAGGCUGACAGUCUAGCAAGAUUUGUGACAACGAAUGCAGAUGAGAGCCACGGAACGCCACGGAGGAGAAGGACAAGACGAAUUAGGUGAUUGUUCAUGUAAGAAUCAUCUUGAGAGGGUGAAUGGAGAGAAGGAGAAGACAUGAAAGGGUCUGUUGAGCAGGACGAUAAGUACUGAGAGGACUCGGAGUAGGAACGAAGAGAGAUGGGCACAUGAAAUCAAGGACAAACAUGGUGGCACAGCAAAGUUGCGACCACGUCCUCCAAAACCACCAUCAACGAUGUCGCUCUCCAUGGCGUUCUCGAAGAAGGAGGACGAGAGCGGAUUGAGCUCUUACUACAACAAUAAGACGACCAUCGUCCAGGAAGCUCGCGUUUUCAACGAAUCUCCCAUCAGCCCUCGCAAAUGUCGUAGUCUCUUGACGCGCAUCGUGUACCUACUCUACGUCGGCGAGACAUUCGGAACCCAGGAGGCGACGACUCUCUUCUUUGGAACUACAAAGCUCUUCCAGCACAAAGAUGCCGCCUUGCGGCAGGCCGUAUACCUGGCGAUCAAAGAGCUUGCGACGACUGCUGAGGACGUGAUUAUGGUGACCAGCAGUAUCAUGAAGGAUAUGCAACCGAACUCGGAGGUCAUCUACCGUCCCAAUGCCAUCCGCGCGCUCUGCCGCAUCAUCGACCCCUCUAUGGCUCAAGGUGUCGAGCGUUUCUUUAAGGCUGCGAUGGUAGACCGUAACCCGGCCAUCUCCACCGCGGCUCUGGUGUCUGCAUACCAUCUCUUCCCGCACGCCAAGGACGUCAUCAAGCGUUGGGUGAACGAGGCACAGGAAGCCGUGAACACGAAAUCAGGAGGCUAUUUUGGAAACCCGGUCUCUACUUCAUCUUCGUUCUUCGGUGGAAGCAGCAGCCAGAGCAGUGCUCAGACUAUCGCGUCGACCAGUAAUAUAGCGCAGUACCAUGCUCUCGGACUGCUCUACCUCAUCCGCCAACAGGAUCGUAUGGCUGUGACCAAGAUGAUCCAACAGCUUGGAGGCGGUAAAUCUGGAUCUGGAACCACGCUGAAGAACGCGAUGGCAUUGUGUAUGCUCAUCCGGUAUGCUGCGAAAGUCAUGGAAGAGGAUCCCAAUGUCCAACGGCAAAUGGUCGAACUGCUCGAGGGAUGGCUCAGGCACAAGAGCGACAUGGUCAACUUUGAAGCUGCGCGCGUCAUCUGCGACAUGAGAGGCGUUACCGCUGCCCAGUUGGCCAAGCCCGUUGCAGGUCAGGCCAAAGUCACGAAAACCACUUCGAUCACUGAACCCUCCUCAGUUCUGCAGCUCUUCCUCUCUUCUCCUAAACCUGUACUCAAGUUUGCUGCCACGCGUACUUUGGCUGCUCUGGCUCUAUCUCACCCCGCAAGCGUGGCCACGUGCAAUGUCGACUUGGAGACCCUCAUUUCUGACCCUAACAGGAGUGUUGCAACGUAUGCGAUCACAACAUUGCUCAAGACUGGUAACGAAGCCUCUGUGGACCGCCUGAUCAAACAAAUCUCGACAUUCAUGCCCGAGAUCUCCGACGAGUUCAAGGUCAUCAUUGUGGAUGCUAUCCGUUCCCUCUGCCUCAAAUUCCCCAGCAAACACGCUGCGAUGCUUUCGUUCUUGUCCGGCAUCCUCCGGGACGAAGGCGGGUACGACUUCAAGCGUGCUGUUGUCGAGGCCAUAUUCGAUAUGAUCAAAUCCAUCCCCGAAUCCAAGGAGCAGGCGCUCUCUCAUCUGUGCGAGUUCAUCGAGGAUUGCGAAUUCACCAAGUUGUCUGUCCGAAUCUUGCACCUCCUUGGCAUCGAGGGUCCCAAGUCUUCAAACCCGACGAAGUACAUCCGGUUCAUCUACAACCGGGUUGUGCUGGAGAACGCGACCGUUCGGGCCGCCGCUGUGUCUAGUCUGGCCAAGUUCGGAGUCAGCACCAGCGAUGCCAAACUCAACUACAGUGUCGAAAUCCUGCUCAACAGGUGCCUGGAUGAUGUGGACGAUGAAGUUCGUGAUCGAGCAGCCUUGUAUGUCAAAGCUUCCAAGACGGAGAGUCUGGUGCAACCCUAUCUCAAAGAGGAAUCCGUCUUUUCCUUGGCCACCCUCGAGGCAAAACUUGUCUCGUAUGUCAAGGACCCAUCGUCGUCUGCCCAGCCUUUCGAUGUUUCGGGGAUCCCUAAAAUUAGUCGAGCCCAGGCUGCUGCUGACGCUGCCAGACCAAGCUCCUUGGAGACGAUCGGUGUGCCUGCUGCCCAGAAGACAUCAGCAGCACCGCCUCCUCCGACAGCCGCUGAAACGCAGUCCGCCUAUGUUGACCAGCUCGCUGCCGUGCCCUCAUUCGCGACUUACGGUGCUGUGCUCAACAGUAGCGCCCGGCCUGUGCAGCUCACCGAGAGCGAGACGGAGUACCAAGUCACCUGCGUCAAGCACAUCUUUACAGAGCAUAUCGUCUUCCAGUUCAAUGUGUCGAACACUCUGCCCGAUACUGUUCUGGAACAGGUCACGAUCAACAUGCAAUCUGAAGACUCGGGUCUGACACAGGACUUCAUUCUCCCUAUCCCUAGUCUGACGGCGGCCACUUCUCCUGGGAUCUGUUAUGUGUCCUUCACGCGCGACGAUCCUGAAGAGUACGCCGUCGCCUCGUUCCAGUGCACACUGCAGUUCGUCAGCAAGGAACUCGACCCAACCACUGGGGAACCGGAAGAGGAGGGUUAUCCGGACGAGUACCAGAUCGAGGAGGUCGAGGUCAGCGCUGGUGGCGACUACAUCGUUCCGUCGUAUGCUUCGUUCGGCGCAGAAUGGGAUCGCCUCAAAGCCGGUCCAAGCGUCACGGAAACUUUUGGUUUGGGCACAUCGGUGGAUGGACUCAAAGCUGCUUGCGAGUCCAUUAUCGAGGUGUUGAAUAUGGAACCGCUAGGUGGAACGGAGAUCCCCACUUCCAACUCCGUACACACCUUGCAGUUGUCAGGACUCGUCACCGGCGGCGGAGGGAAGGUGCUUGUCCGCUGCCGUAUGACCUUUUCACCGGGCGUCGGGGUCACUCUCGAGCUCGGCGUCCGCGCCGAAAAACAGGACGUUUGCCAACUGGUCGUCAGUGCCGUUGGAGGUUAAUCAAUGCACACUUUACUCGUUACAUACAGUAUUUAUCUGGUUUCUGCUGGAGCACACGCGAAUGUUUACAAGUCAGGCAUUGGCGCUGCGAAUGGGUCCUCGGAUUCGUCCAUCUGUAAUGGGCCGCCAAGAAGGGCAUCUGUGCUAUCAAGCUGCGUAAGGUCAUGGGCUGAUUCCAGUCCCAAUCCGUCGGGACCAAGCACCGACAUAUCCAACAUGCUGUCCCCGGCCAAAUCGACUCCCUGGUCCAUCUGCCCCAUGGCGUCUUCCAUCGUCUGCAGACUCGGCUCGAGAUCAUCAUUUUCUAUGCCCUCUUCGACCAUCGGCUGCAACUCCAUCGAGAGUUGAGGCUUGGGAGAUGCAGGUUUCGACUGCGGCUCUUCCUCCACCGGCGGGGCGACUACAACUGUCGUCUCCGGCAACGCAGCUACAACGACGGGUGUGUCCUCCUGCUCGUCCUCGUCUCCCUCGACCACGUCCGCUUCGCCCUCGUCAGGUAGGGGCGCGAGCGGCUCGUCGGCCUCGCCCUCGUCGUCGCUGAAGUGCUACAGCGCAGGAAACAAGCGUGUGAGCGCGGGGAGCAGGAAUGGACCAGGGGCAGCAGGGGCGUACCUGCGGUUUGGAUGAUCUGACCCACUUGUACACGCGUAUCGUGCUGCUGCUGUUGGUGGGCGCAGUGAUGUCUGCGGUGGUCCAGACUUUUUCCCAGGAUUGGACGGGUUGCAUGAGCUGUCUCCGUGCUGCCUCCGUGGUGGCCGUGCUGACACCUAUUCUGCGUCGUGUUGACAUAGUCGGUCUGAGGGAGGUACUUAGAGACAAAGUGAGAUGCCAACGGAGAUGAAGAUGCGCGCCCACGUGACUCCAUCAAAUAUACACAGCCGCGAAGUCCCUGCCUGAGGCCGACAACGUCAAGAUUCGAUGCCUCCUCCACCUAACCCACCAGAGCCUGAAUGGCCACUGCCCAAAUUCAACAUCCGGGUCGAGGAUCUCUCCCAUCCCGGAGCUAAUAUAUUCUUCGAGUCGGUGCAUCCGCUAACAGCCCUGCGCAUGGCUGCCACCGCGAGCUUCAAAUGGCUAUACGGCAGCCUCGAAUUAGCGCCUACCAACGUCGAGUCGAUCCUGCUCGUCCUGCGCCCGAUGCCGGGCGUGGCGCACACCUUCGGCUCCCGCACGGAGAAGGAGAUCCACUUCUCGCUCGACCAUAUCGUCAACAGCGCCGCGCGCGCGAGACACGAGAUUAUGGGCGUGCUCGUGCACGAGGUCGUGCACUGCUAUCAGUACAACGCCAAGGACACCGCCCCGGGGGGCCUCAUCGAGGGUGUCGCAGACUACGUCCGUCUGCAUUGCGAUCUGGCACCCCCUCACUGGAAGCGGUCUCCCUCCCGCGAGGAUCCGUGGGACGCGGGAUACCAGACGACCGCGUUCUUCCUGGACUGGAUCGAGCAGAGAUCACGGCCGGGCACGAUACGCGAUUUGAAUGGAGCGCUGAAAGACGCAGAAUGGGAUCCUGCUCUGUUUGAACGCCUGGGAGGGGCUCCGGUCAAGAAACUCUGGGCCCAAUACAAGCGCGAGGUCACCGGGGAGGAGGACGAGAGUGAUGUCACUGACGAAGGCUUUACUUUGGUCCCAAGUUACAACCCGGUGUACGUGUAGACUAAGGGCAGAACUUGACACAUUCAAUCAAGAGAUCGGUUAAGCAUAGAUGAGCCAUAACGUUCUGAUCGAGUACACUUGAGAGUCUGAACAUGUGGGGUGCAUUUCCAGAAAAAGAAGCUAAAAUCAAGCAAAGUACAAGGUGUAGGUAGCAAAACGUGAUUGGAGUGGGAUUCGAACCCACGCCCUUUCGGACUAGAUUGCCAAUGGCAAGUUGUGCUCGCAGAUGCGAGUUAAUCCUUAGUCUAGCGCCUUAGACCGC